AUGGCGACAGACAACCGGUCGCAGCUCCAUUGCGCGCCAGCUCUCGCGCUGGCCGCCUUUCCGACACUGCUGCCAGAGUACUCUGCGCCGACGCACGAGGCCUUUGCGAUCGCGCUCGCCGGCGGGUCGACGACGGAUCUGGGACAAGCUCUGUCCGCGUACUCUGGCAUUGUCUCAAUCAAGGGGAGAGAAUUCCGACUUCGGCUUGAAUUGUCCGCAUCGACAAGGCUCGCCGAUGCGGUCGUGGAAGGAUGCCCAGCGCUGGUGCAGCUGCUGAGCGGGUGCGAGGAUGUUGUCGCGCAGCGCAUCAAACAGAGCGUGGACCUCAAUGCAUUCUCGUUCGAGCUGCGUGAUUUGCUCGAGCGGUUGGUGGACGCUGCCGAUCGUCCCGCCGCAACAGGUUAUGUGCUACAGCAAGGCUUGCGCUCGAGCGAGUUUUACACCCGCGUGAUUGAAGAGCUCGACGCGGUCGGGUGGCACAAUGUAUCGCUAGAAGAUGACACGCUCUCCAACAUUCGAUUCACGGCACGGGAUGAUCGUCAACGCGAGCAUUCACUCAUUGUCCAACCCCAUCCACAACACCCUGCCGUGCCUCCCACCUGUGUUGCAGCAUUGCCCGAGCCGUUUCGAAUCCUUCGCUGGAAUUCAGCCAGUUCUCUCUCGAAUGUCUUCCAGCAAUUCCAGCAAGCUUUGCAGCGAUUCCAGCAGCUUUGGGACGAUUUGGAUGAGAUUGACGCCAACACUUGGGUGCUGGAGCCCGAGCGCCCGACACGCGAUUGUUGCCAUCGCCGCAUGGCUCUCGAACAUAACUCUUCCGUGCAGAUCCUUGUCAACCCGAAAGCAGUCCGAGCAGUGCCGGAGUGUCGGUUCCUUGGCGCAGAUUCCAUCGUCAACCCGUUGCGAGACGCCAUGAACGACAACAUAUCCCAAUGGGACGAAACGAAACCACUGCUGGCCAAUUUGGGCAUCGUGUUGAACGUACAGUUUCCUUCCCCUGCUACGGUCAGCCGCGAGGAAGUCACUGUGGCUUGUGGAAUCUGCUACUCUUAUGACCUGGGCGAUUCCGUGCCAGACAAGGUCUGCGAUGGGCCCAAGUGUCGCCAACCCUUCCAUCAAGCGUGUCUGAUCGAGUGGCUGCGUGGAUUGCCGAGUUUCCAGCAGAGUUUCAACACAAUAUUCGGCGAAUGCCCGAAUUGCAGCAAGCCGAUGGCUAUCAAGCUCAUGCCUGCGCGGUAG